AUGAAUAAGACUAUUCUAUUCAUUGCAUUGUUAGUCAUACUAACAAAUUGCUAAACAGUUACGAUUGCAACAACAUGUGCUUGCACACAAAUGCUUACUGAAUCAGAUUGUGGAAAAAAAUCUGGGUGCACUUGGGAUAAGACCAAAAAAGCAUGUGCAAUCACAGAGAAACCAACAACACCAACAGAUACAACAAUUUUUGCUGCUUAUUGUGAUCAAUUCAAUACAGCAGAAGAAUGCCCAAAGAAGAAUCCAUGUGCAUGGGAUGGGUAAGCAUGUACUCAUUUUACUGCAUGCACACCUUUUGUUUAUGAUGAUGAUGCUAAAUGUUAAGCAGUCUCAAACAGAUGUAUUACAGAUGGAGUUCGUUGUGUAGAGAAAGCUGCUUGUUCAACCUAUUUAACUUCUAAAUCAUGUGUUUUGAAUAAUUUAGGAAGAUAUUGUUACUGGAAUACAUCAGAUGCAGCAAAUCCAAAAUGUGAAGAUGCUGAUGAUUGUCCUAAAUUACCACUCUCAUUAACUUCUGAUGCAGUUUGCAGAGCUUAGCUUACUAAAUGUACAGCUAAAGAAGGUGGAGGAUGUGUAGAAUUGGGAGCUAAAUGUGAAGACUAAGUUGCUGAAAUAGGAUGUGUUAAAGAUAGAUCAGAAGUAGCAUGCUUUUGGAAAUAAGGAAAAUGUUAUGAUAAGACAUGUGAUAAUGCUCCAACUGAACUUGUUACAGAUUAAGCAUGCAAAGAUUUUAUAUCAACAUGUACUACUAAAUAAGGUGGGGGUUGUGUUACAAGAUCAAAUUGUGGAUCUGCUAUUUAAGCUGCUUGUGUUACUAAUAAUUUGGGAGAAGACUGCUUUUGGAAUGGCUAAGCAUGUGUUGAUAAAACAUGUGCAAAUGCUUUGGCUACAAAUAAAACUAAUGCAAGUUGUUAAUCAUAUUUGAAAAAAUGUAUUACAACAGGAAGUGGAUGCACAGAUAAUACUGGUUGUGAUGCUGCAAAAAGUAAAGAAGCUUGUGAUAAAACAUUAACUGGAGGUAUUUGCCAUUGGGAUGGAUCAUUUUGUAAGAAUAAGACUUGUGAUAAUGCUGGUAAUUCAUAUGUUGGACAUGACUAAUGUACUACAUAUAUGGCCACAUGUACAGCUAAAACUGGUGCUGCUUCAGGAUGUUAAGAUAGAUCAUGCACUAAUGCUCCAAAAACAAAUACUACAAAUGAAUAAUGUGAAGCUUAUCAUCCUAAAUAAAAUUGUAUCACUUAAGAGGGAGGCGGAUGUAGAGAAAAUACUACAUGUGAAGCUAUUAAUUUGGACACUGCUUGCAAGGCAGAUAAGAAUGGCAAAGUUUGCUUCUGGGAUAGUGGAAAAUGUUGGACUAAGAUUUGCACAAAUGCACCAUCUACAAACGAUAAUCAUACUUUAUGUAAUGCCUUUUUAAAUACUUGUACUGUUGGAAGUGGUAAUACUUGUGUUGAUAAGACAUGUGAGAAUGUUUAAGAGGAAACAAAUUGUAAUACUGAUUAUAAUAAUAAACCAUGUAUCUAUAAAGGCAAAUGCUAUUAGAAGUAAUGUGCCUUAGCAUCAAAGGAAUUUAACACUUAUGCAUAAUGCAGAGAUUAUUUACCUACAUGCACUUUAGAUAACUCAGGAUCAGGAUGUAUGGAUUUACCUAUUAAAUGUGAAGCUAUUACAACAACAGAAGGUUGUUAAAUUAAAAAAGGAGGUGGAAAAUGUGGAUUGAUUGGGAAGAAUUGUGUAGAUUAAUCUUGCCUUACUGCUCCAUCUGCUGAUUAUACAACAAGUGCUGGAUGUCAUGGUUAUAAAUCAGGAUGUGUUGUUGAUAAUGAUGAAGCUGGUUGUAUUGAUCUUCCUGCUACUUGUUCUGCAAGAAAGAAAUAAGAUAAUUGUUAAAUUGAAUAAGUUAGAUCUAUAACACCAAUAAAAUGCUAAUGGGAUAAUUUGACUGAUGCAGCAAAUCCAGUUUGUAUAGAUAUUAAAUGUGAAAAUGCUCAUCUUGUUUCUUUGAGAGGUAGUGUAAAUCAAGCUGGUUGUUGGGGUUAUUAAAGUUUGAAAUGUGUUAUUAAUGCAGAUGGUGAUAAAUGUAUUCCCAGACCUAAGGCUUGCAAUGGAUUAGCUGAAGCAGCUUGUAAAUAGGCAGGUUUGAUAUAAGUUACAGAUUCUACAACAAAAGAUUGUUAUUGGGAUGCAAAUUCAUCAUCUUGCAGAGAUGAAACUUGUGCAAAUAUCACAUUAGCUGAUGGAACUUAUACUCAUACUAACUGUAAUAAUGCUAUUUCUAAAUGUACAGUAAAUGCAACUUUAACUAAAUGCUAAGAUAUUGUUGCAUGUGAUAAAUAUACUGAUGAUGAUCAAUGCAAAGUAGAUACAAAUGGAAAUGCAUGUGUCUGGGUUAGUGGUACUUGUAAAGAUAAAGCUUGUGCAGAUGCAGAAGAUUCAACUAGCUAUGAUGAUGAUGCCAAAUGUUAAGUAUUUUCAAAAAAAUGUACAUUUACAUAAAGAAGAUGUGCUUUGAAAUUAGGUACUUGCGCUGCUAUGAAGAAUUAGGGUGCAUGUGAAGCACAUACAAUAGGUAAAAAGUAAUAAUGUACAUGGGAUGGAUCAGCAUGUGCUGAUGCAGCUGCAUUUGAUUGUACAAAGGCCACUGGUACAGGUUUUACUUUAGGUUAUUGCUAAUAUUUGAGUAAUACUUGCUCUGUCAAAUUAGAUGGUACAGCUUGUCUUACUAAAGUAGCAGCUUGUACAGGUUAUUCAACAGAAGCAGAUUGUGUUUGGGCAACUGACGAUUUAUAUUGUUAUUGGGACGGAGAUUCUUGUGAAAAAGUAGUAGAUGCAACUAAAUGCAGUGAUAUUGCUGGAACCAGUGCGAAUAUUUGCAAGAGCAAAAAAAGUUCAUGUACUUGGAAUAGCGGUCUCAAAUGCUCUCCAAACUGUACAGCUUUCACAGGUCCAUUCAAUUAUGACACUUGCUAAGCAUUUAAUGCAUAAUGUACACUCAAAAGAGAUGGUACUGGAUGCGUAAAUACAGUUGCUACUUGUGCAGCCACAUCUGCAGCCAAUUGUACACAUUCAGAUGAAGGAAAAUGUAUUCUAGUUGGUACAACCUGCACAUUUGCUGAUGGUCCUGCAUUAAUUGCUGCAGGAAGCUGUAAUACAAUAACAGGAAUAGGAUUGACUCCCGCAUAUUGUAAAGGAAUAAGUGCUGGUGGUAAUACAUGUUCUGCUAAUUCAGAAUUGACUGCUUGUGUUGAGAUAAAAGCUGCUUGUACUGGUUACGCAAGCACUCCUUGGGCUGAUUGCCUUUCAGGAAGUGAAGCUGCUUCGGUGAAAUGCAUUAUUAAUGCUGCUGGAGAUGGAUGUGAAGCAUUUUCAAGUGGAUGCAGUACAGUAAAACUCUUUAAAGCAGGAGCUACUGCAAUUACAUAUACAAAUGCAAUUUGUGAUUUAUAUGGAUGCCAAGCUAAAGCUGAUGGAUCUGGGUGCGAAGAUAAAACUGUAGCUGCUGCUGCUCCUGUAACAUGUACUAGUUACACUGGUACGCUUACAUACGAGGCUUGCAUAGGCUUCUUAAAUACUUGUUCAGUUAAUGCAGCUAAGACAGCUUGCGUGACAGCUUAAAAUACUUGUGCAGAAUACACAUCGGUGGCAGAUUGUGGAUAUGCAAUAAAUGAAGGAGAAUGUGUAGUCUCUGGAGGUGCUUGUGUUUAAAAGACUUGUGAUUCAACUCCUACAGCAGCUACUUUAGCUGGAUGUUAAGCCCUAUCACCAAAUUGUGUUUUAAGAGUAGGAGGAUGUUAAUUUAGAGCUACAUGUGCUUCAUAUACAGUUCAGGGUGCUUGUGUUAAGAAUGCUACUGGAGGUGAUUGUUUGUGGAAUCCAACAGCAGCUAAAUGUGUUGAUAAAAGUUGUAGUGCAGCUGAAGCAUCAGGUAGUUUCGAUAGUCAUGUUAAAUGUUCUAAUAUAGGAAAAUGUACAGUUAAAGCAAAUGCAGACAAGACAAUUGGAUAAGGAUGUAUUGCAUUAGCUGCUUGUAGUGCAUAUACAAUUGAAGAAUAAUGCAAAAAAAAUACAAAAGAAGAAGAUUGUGUUUGGAAUACAAAUACAGAUCCAGCAACUUGUGCUGAUAAAUCUUGUGCCACUGCCGCAAAUGCAUCUUUUAAUGAUCAUGCUGGAUGUGUAGGAUAUCUAGGUGGAUGUACAGUGAAUGUUGCUGAUGUUAAUGGAACACCAACACUUUAAGGAUGCGUAGCCUUUAAACCAUGCAGUUCAUAUACUCAUGAAGAAUAAUGUAAAAUUAGUAGUGAAAAAGAUGAUAAAGGUGUAACCAUUACAUGUGGAUGGAAUGGUAAUGCUUGUGCCAAUAAAACUUGCUUAACCGCUUAGGAAACUGUUAACACUCCAACUUUAUGUAACGAAUAUCUUUCUGGCUGUACUGUUAAUGCAACAGAUAAUGGUUGUAUUGCUAUACCAGAUGUUUGUGAAGGAAUGACAUAAAAUCAAUGUUAUGAUGGAUCAGUAGACAAAUCAUCAAGAAAAUGCUAUUGGGAUACAACAGAUGGUAAAUGCAUAACAAAGAAAUGUGAAAACUCACCAAACUAUGGAUCAGAAACAGAAUGUGACACAUAUUUACCUGGUUGCACAACAGAUACUAUUAAAUGUAAGACAAAAAUAUGUGAAGAUUUUCCUUUAACAACUGAUGCUUUAUGUAAAGCAGCACUAUCUCAUUGUACAUCAAAUGGAGUUAAUUGUGUGAGAAGAGGAUCUUGCAGUUAGGCAUUAGAUUAAGCUGGAUGUGUUACUGAUUCAAAUAAUAGAUAAUGUUAAUGGAUGGAACCUAAUGGAUAAACUGCUUAUUGUACAAACAAGACUUGCGCAACUGCUCCAGUAUCUUUGUAAACUGAAGCCUAAUGUGUUGCUUAUUUCACACCUUCAGUUGGAACAUGUACAACAAAGAAAGAUGGAGGUUGUACAGUCAAAGGAGCAUGUACAGUUGCUAAUGUUGCUGCUGCUUGCACAACUGACAGUGAUGGAAAGGAUUGCUGGUGGGACACUGAAACUAAUGGAUGUAGAUUGAAAGAAUGCAAAGAUUUUGCUGGUACUAGUCAUGCUGCUUGCUAUAAACUAAGAGCAGGAUGUACAGCUGGAUUAAAUGGAAGAUGUGCUAAAAUGACUAAUUGUUAAGAUAUCAAAGUUAGAGCUGCUUGUAUUGAAGGUAAUGAUGGUCCUUGUUUAUGGGUUGCUAAAUUUGUGAAUGCUGAUUCUACUUUAGGAGCUUGUUUCUCUUAUGAAUCAUGCAAGAGUUUAGAUUGGACUUCUGAUGGAAGCUGCAAAUGGAUUUCACCAAAUUGUACAACUGAUGGUACAGAAUGUGUUGGAAUUACAAGUUGUUAAGGUACAAAUGUUAAAGGAGGAUGCAAGACAGGAACAGACGGAGAAUGUAUUUAAACAGUAUCAGCCAAAGGAGCUACAGAUACAAUUUGUAAGAAAUUUACUUCAUGUGCUGAUGCUUACUAUUUAACUCACGAAGAAUGCAAUUCAGCAAAUUCUAAUUGUACAUCAGACUAUUCAACUGGAUGUAUUCCAUUGGCUGCUUGCUCAACAUAUACCUAAAACUAAUGUUAUAGAAAUAAGGAUGGAGCAUAAAGAGAUGCUAAUGGAGGUAUAACAUCAACAGGUAUCUGUGUUUGGGAUGAUACUGCCAAAUAAUGUAAAGAUCAAUAAUGUACAGAUCUAACUUUCACCUCAGAAUAAGAAUGCUCUUCAAGAUUGAAGACAUGCACAUCAGAUGGAGUUAAGUGCCUUGUUAAAGGAGCUUGUAAUACUUACACAACUAUAGCAGCUUGUAAUGUUGCUGGUGGUACUGAAGGAGCUUGCUUCUGGGUUGCAGCAGAUGCUUCAGGAAGUUGCAGAACAAAGGUUUGUGCUGAUAUUCCAAAUGGUACAACUACAUAAGCUUGUUAAGGAGUUGCAAAUUGUGUUUCAAAUGGAACCACAUGUAUUGUUAGAGCUAAUUGUUCAACAUAUACUACAAAGACUGCAUGCAAUUCCAGAGGAUCUGAUGGUAUUUGUGUUUGGACUGAAACUACAACUGGAGGAACCACAACAGGAAAAUGCUCAUUAAUGACCAGUUGUGCUUCAGCAGGAACUGAUGCUAAUGCUUGCUCAUAAGCUAAUGAUAGAUGUUAAAUGGAUUCAAAGACUAAAGUUUGUGGUGAUCAUAAUUGUGCCUCUUAUGCUGCUUAAGUAUAAAGUUGCAAAUUCUUCUAUACUUGGGAUUAAAAGAAAUACAACGUUUGUUCAACAGUCAAUGGUGUCUGUACUGCUACCAGUGCUGAUACAUUGAAAGAAGGAGAUUGUUACACUUUGACAGCAUAUCUUUAUUCAUGGAAUCCAUCAAGCUCUAAAUGUACUCAAUGUGGAACAGUUGUUGUAUAACCAAAUACUACUGAUAAUAAUACAAGCACUGGUGGUAAUGAUACCAAUACAGAUUCUGGUUAUAUUCUUGGAUUUACCUCAAUUGUAGUCGGACUUAUUAUGUCCUCUUGA